AUGGCCUCUACCCCAAAACAACUUCAGCAGGACCAGACAAUGGCAAAGCAGGACAAACACUCACACCACCGCGUCGCCUCUGGUCGCAGAGGUCUCCCCAAAUCAUCCUCCGGCACAGGACUGACCAUCGUUAUCAAGCUGGGCACAUCCUCGAUCUGUGACGAGAUCACCCACUUUCCCCUCUUAUCGACCCUCUCACUCAUUGUCGAGACCAUCCUCAAGCUCAAGGCUCAGGGCCAUCGAGUUGUUCUCGUUACCAGUGGUGCCAUUGGUGUCGGCCUCCGUCGACUCAACCUUGCCUCCAAGCCCAAGGAUCUUGCCCAGGUCCAGGCCAUUGCUGCUGUCGGACAAGGACGACUCAUGAGUCUCUACGACGAUCUCUUCUCUCAGUUCAACCAGCCCAUCGCCCAGAUCCUCCUCACCAAAAACGACAUCGCCGAUAGAACGCAAUAUCUGAAUGCAUGCAACACAAUUGAUGCACUGCUGGAAAUGGGCGUAGUCCCUAUUGUGAACGAGAACGAUACCAUUAGUGUCUCUGAGAUUCGCUUUGGAGACAAUGAUACCCUCUCGGCCAUCACCGCGGGAAUGAUCCACGCCGACUACCUCUUUCUCAUGACCGACGUCGACUGCCUCUACACCGACAACCCCAGAACCAACCCUGAUGCCAAGCCUGUUAUGACCGUCGACGACAUUUCCGCUUUGAAGGAGAAAGUGUCAGUGGCAUCGGCAGGAUCGUCGCUGGGAACGGGAGGAAUGGUGACAAAGUUGAUUGCAGCAGAACUGGCAACAGCAGCAGGUGUCACCACAGUCAUCAGUCGCGGAUCGACCCCUCAAAACAUUUUCCAGAUCAUCUCUCAGCCCAUCCAACAUAUUGGCUCUGCAUCUCCACAACAAGACACGACCGCAACCAUGGCCUCGACAGCGACAGCAGUGACAAACGCUCUUGGAGCAGCAACAAUUGCUUCCCUCCCACUUCACACUCGCUUCUUGGCCAAGGACAACCCUAUGGUCGAUCGCAAGUGGUGGAUUCUGCACGGAUUGCACGCUGCAGGCACGAUAUAUAUUGACCAGGGUGCCUACAAGGCCAUCACCAACGCCUCUCAGAAGUCAUCUUUGUUUGCCGCAGGUAUUGUUGACUGUAAGGGAACGUUUGUUGCCCAACAGAGUGUCCGCGUAGUGUACAGACCCCAGGACUAUCUGAAGAAGGAUGAACAGGGUCAAGUUGUGGAGUCGUAUGACGGCCCUGAGGAAAUAGAGCUGGGCAAGGGACUUGUCAAUUAUGCGAGCCAUGAGAUCCUGAGGAUCAAGGGUUGCCACAGUCGACAGAUCAUUGAUCGUCUUGGCUAUGCCGAUGCCGAGUGUGUUAUCCAUCGCGAGAACCUGACUCGUACCAAGGUUAUCCAGGCUUAA